AUGUAUCCAUAUUCUUCAUUUCUCAACUCUUCUUCAUCUAUUGAAUUCCUUUCUCUCAAAAACUACAAUCUCACCUCAUCCAUGUAUCGUUGGUUGUUUCCCUUAACAAGCAAUAAGCUUCGUUUUCUUUCUCUCUUUGGCAACAUGUUAGAUGGGAUACCCAAAUAUCUUGGUAACCCCUGUAGUUUGGAAAGUUUGGACUUCUAUAAUAACUCUUUUGUUGUGAAAUUUCCUGAUUUUCUCAACAACUUGUCUGGAUGCACAUCGCUUACAUUACGAUUGUUUUAUGCUCCAAAAAGCCAAUUUACGGGGUCAUUUUCUGAUGUCAUCCAAAAGUUUUCAUCCCUAAAAUAUUUGGACCUAUCUUACAAUCAUCUAAAUGGAACUAUAAGUGAGAAAUUGUGGGAGCUACCCAGGCUUGAACAUCUUGAUGUUUCUUUCAAUUUUCUUGGAGGUGCUAUCUCUAAAAACAUUGAAAAGACGAAGGCUAUUUUUAUAGAUCCUUCCAGAAACUCACUCCAAGGAGUUCCUUCUACACAUCACUUGUCUAGCCUUUUUGAUGUUAUCUAUCUGGAUCUGAGCAUUUGUAAGCUAGGGCCUCGCUUCCCCAAAUGGAUUCAAACAAUGAAAAAUCUUACCUAUCUCAGAUAUCUUAAUCUCUCUUCCAACAACCUCAUUGGGAAAGUACCAAAUUUAGUAUCAAACUUUGAUGAAAAUUCCGUGAUAGAUUUGAGCUCCAACAGCUUUUAUGGUCCAAUACCAAAUGUCAGUUCCACUUUGGCAUCAUUAAAUCUUUCCAGAAAUAAAUUCUGUGGAGGAAUCUCCUUUUUAUGCCAAAUUGUUGAUGGGUUUUUAGAAUUUCUUGACCUCUCUGAUAAUUUUCUAACCGGACAACUCCUAGACUGUUUGCGGCAUUUCAAACAACUGAAGGUUCGUAAUCUAGGACACAACAACCUAUUUGGAAGGAUUCCUGCCUCUAUCGGAUCUUUGAUCAAACUCGAGACCUUGUAUUUAUACAAGAACGACUUCUCUGGAGAAUUUCUUGUGACUUUAAAGAAGUGCUCAAGUUUAAACUCGUUAAAUUUGGGGGCCAACAACUUUUCGGGUACAGUGCCUGUUUGGGUUGGGGAAAACUUGUCAGGGUUGUAUAUUCUUAUUCUAAGAUCAAACCGCUUUUCCAGAGACAUUCCUUUACAAUUAUGUCAAUUAACAAAUCUUCAAAUUUUAGACUUGUCAAGGAACAAUCUCCAUGGAACCAUCCCCUCUUGUUUGAAUAAUCUAACAAGCAUGGUGCAAAACGGAUUCUCCCCGCCACCGGAUGUACAUCCCUUUUCAAUUGAAUAUGUACAUUCAGAUCGUUUUGUGUCACCUAUUAUUGAUGAGGAAUAUGUUGACCAUGCGAUGAUCGAGUGGCAAGGAAAACUAUGUGGACCUCCCCUUACCAAAAAAUGUCUGGGGAAUGAAGAAACGGAAUCAACAUCGGUGGUUGGUAAAAGUAAGAGUGAUGGAGAAGACAUAUAUGAACUUGAGCGAUGGUUCUAUAUUUGUGGUGCAACUGGUUUUGCUAUUGGAUUUUGGAUAGCAUGCGGCACUUUACUUUUCAAUCGUCGUGUGAGACAUGCUCUUUUUUUGUUCCUUGAUAGCUUCAAAGAUUGGGUUUAUGUAAGGGUGGUUGUGUUCAUUGCAAAUUGGCAAAGGAUUGCCCAUGCAUAG